CAAAAAUGAAAAGCGGAGUUCUGCAAUUAUAUUCCAUUUUGAACCUACAUGAAGCUAUGUAAUUUCUUUCUUUUCUUGUGUCAACCUUUAGAAUCAAGGUAAACAACACGGUACUAUACAACGCGCACAAUGAUUUCCCUAAUGGGAAAUAACCCAUUUAGCUUCAGACAAGGAUUUCUACCUUUCCCCAAAAAUUUCUUACUAGUCGAACAAAGGUUGCCUAAAAUUAACAAUGUUCAAAUGCGAAGCUAUCAAGGGACAUUAAUAGGGUUAGAUAACCGAUGUGUAUGAAUGUCAUGAUAUAAAUUUUGGUAUUGAUACAUUAGCGAAUUAACAAACGACAAAAAAAAAUAAGCUAAAAUGAAAUGAUAUUUUGCAUGUUACUACUUGUUAUUGCAUGUACUUCAGCAGCUCAACUCUUCACACAAAAGGAAAUAUGAAAACACUUCAAGCAAAAGCAUAUAUUAUGUGUAUAUAAAUCCGAUUUUUUUUAAUGAUAGAACAUCAGCCCGAAGUCUUGGCAAAUGAUGUGUGGCAAUAACAAAAGAGUGAUUGUAAAAUAUUUUUAGUUUUAUAUACCACAGAACGCGGUGACCUCUUCAAAGAAACAUUAUUGUUAACUUUAAGCUAAAACGCGUAUGAUUAAUACUCGUAGAACAUUUGUUAAUUUGGGGUAAUGUAUGGCGGUUGAGAUAACGAUUUUUUUUUUCUUUUUUGAGCCAUCUGGCGGGUCUGAGGCGCAUAAACUGUAAAAAGUUUAAGGCCCACUUUGUUAUGAUCCCGCUCGAGUAGGAGGAACUG